AUGGAGACGGAAUGCAAGACAUUGUGGAUGGGCGACAUCCAAAUGCAUUGGGACGAAGCGUUCAUUGCCUCACUCUUCGCUGCGGCCGCAGAACAGCCGGUAAUCAAGCUCAUUCGUGACAAGGCGACGGGAUACCCUGCAGGUUAUGGGUUCCUGGAGUUUCCGACCCAACGGGGAGCGCAGCAAGUGCUGGAAAUGUUCAACGGACAGCUCAUUCCCAACACAGUGCAUCGGUUCCGCAUGAACUGGGGCGCAGGUGGCCGUCGCAUUGAAACGUCCGACGACCACUCGAUCUUUGUCGGUGACUUGGCUCCGGACGUCAGUGACGAAGUGCUGCUGAGCACGUUCAACGCUCGAUUUACAAGUGUGCGGGGUGCCAAAGUGGUCAUUGACCCUGUGACGCGCAUGUCCAAGGGAUUUGGAUUUGUGCGCUUUGGCAGCAAAGAAGAAGCAGAUCAGGCUCUGCAGACCAUGAAUGGCGUCUUUUGCUCGUCACGUCCGAUGCGAGUCAGUGUGGCUACGGAGAGAAGCAAAGCGCGACAGCAGAUUGCCUUUAGCGCGGGGGAGUCGGACGAAGGUGCCAAUACCACAGUGUUUGUCGGUGGCUUGGACCCGUCAGCAACGGAAGAUGAGCUACGUGCGCGGUUUGGUGUCUUGGGGGAAAUUGUGUCGGUGAAAGUGCCGCCUGGACGUGGAUGCGGGUUUGUGCAGUACACGACCAAAGAGGCGGCAGAGAUGGCGAUUUCGCAGAUGAAUGGCGCAGUCAUUAGCAACGUCAAGCAAUAUGGUCAGUACCAAACGGGAUACCAGAAUUAUUACGGCUACAAUGCUGCAUAUACGUAUCCGCAGUACCAGCAAAGUGUUGCUGGCUAUGGCUACGGUGCAUAUGGACAGUACGGGUUGCAGAGCACACAGCCUCAACUAGACUAUCAACAACAACAUCAACAGCAGCAGCAGCAGCAGCCGCAGAUCGCAAUGGGCGGUCACCAGGGACAUCGUAGUGGCUAUGGUAGCCAGCAGCGACUAUCGCAAGACCAGCCGCUCGAUUUCACCCGACCUGACGACAUUGAAGCCAUGAAUCGUCGCUACGCCUCCCAGCGUGCGUAUCAGACUAUUCCCCCGGGAUCGAAUGCGUCGUAUACGCCAAUGACGGCUGACGUCGCUAAUGGGACCGCGAUGGCAGGUUCAAUGUAG